AUGCUAUGUCUACUGUAUUUGGUCCUGCAGAAAGAACACACUGGACGUCUAGUCAUUGGAGAUCACAAAUCAACAUCCCAUGUCCGCAGUGGUGAGUAACCCUCAUUGAAUUAUAGAAAAAGGGUUGUCACGGUACUAGAAUCGGGACAACCCUAUUCUACACCCCUUUCAAACACUUUACUCACAGAUGUAUCUAUCUCAUCUAAUCUAACCUUAUCCCAUAUCAAUACAGUACUAUCUGGGACCAGAUAGCACUGUAUUGGGUAUGAUUGGUGUUUCACUAGUUUGUCCUCUGCAGGGGCGGAGGAUCAGAGGAUGAACUCUGAGCUGGAGCUGCAGUACCAGCAGGGGCUGGACGGGAAGCUGUCGGGCAGGAACAGGAGACACGUUGGACUGGGCUUUAGCGAGGUGAGCGAUCACAGACGGACAGGAGUUGAACAUCGACACAGAGUGCACAUGCCACUUCUGCCAUAUGUUCCUAUUGCUGUUGGUUUGAACCGGUCCUAACAAAGAUGGCUGACAAAUUGUUCCAUUCUGAUGAAUAGGGGCUCUAUGACAUCAGCCUAUCUGCUGUUAUAUUAUCUAUGGGGUUGAAUGGCUGAAGCAAGUUUGGGUACGCUUUCAUUCUAUUUAGCUGGGUUGUGUUUGUUAGGCACCAAAGGGAAGAAAAAGCUCCAAAGCCUAGAAGGUACUAUCUGAAUUUGGCUAAUAAAAAACCUGUUUAUUUCUGUUGCAAAACGUGUGUGCCCUAAUGAACACAACCAUGGGCUGUUACAUCUAGGUGAAGCCUAGAAUGACAUGAUUAGACCGUGAUAUAAUACUGACUGACUGAUAUAAUCUUAUUUAGAGAGUCGAGUUAGGGGUUGUGCUCCUUAUUAGACCUGUAUGUUUGCAUGUCUAUGGAAGAUUACAUUAAUAAUGUGUAUGUAAGAUGAAUGACAGCACAGCAUAUGGAAGCUCCACAACAUCAAAAUGUGUCGCUCUUUACUAAGACAGUUUGUGAUUGUCAGAGGCAUAAUUGCUACAGUCAAAAUGUAAUGUACGCACCCACAUGUUGCCUGUGUUGCCCCAGUCUUCAGAUCUUCAUUUUGUGUCUCUUCUGUUCGCCCCACAGCCUGACCCAGCCCCACCUCCACCACCCGUAGAGGGCCAAAGCAAGGCAGAGCAACCAGCCAGUCCCAAAGCCCCAGACAGCCCCUCAGAACCCCAGGGCUCACCAGACAAACCCCCCUCACCAAGCCCAGAGGACAGGAGGACAGAGGACAGGAGGACAGACAAGAAUGAGGACAAGAAACACACCUUCAAAAUGGCCUUUGUGAAGUCGUCCUAAGACUGGGAGAAAAACAGAAAGUCACCUUUUUCUAAAAUCGAACCACAGAUUUGUACAUAAGUCGUUAUUUUGUGUCUCUGCAGUACUCCCAAGGUGAUACAUGGUAACUUUGUGGUUUAAGAUGUAUUUUAUGUUUCAAUGCUGAGCAGCAAAGCAGCAGUGUACUGCUGAAGGAGGUAACAAUCAUUGACCCUGUUGUUUCCUUGUCGAUUUUUGUUAGGAAUUCCUAACUGGAAGAGGGACUGUUGGAAUGGUUCUGAGACGAAGCAAAAGCUUUCAUUCAAUUGUGUUAAAUGGGACUAUAGAUCUUCUACUGUCCAGUUGAAUGUCUCAUGAGUUAUAAAAUGUACUUAAACUACAAAUUAAAUAUCAAUAAACUGAAGAACCACACAGUAGGGAUGAAUAUUUUCUC